AUGUAAGAGUUGGAUUUCUUGAGGAUUCAGAGGGAAAGUUAGAAGUUUUUGGAGAUCGAUAAUAUCUUCAACAGAUUGGCAUCUAAUUUUGUGGAAAAAAUAUUUGCUUUAUUCAAAGAGAUUUUCCAAUAAGAACACGCAUAUACUAUUUAAGUGAGUUAAACUUAACAUUCUAGGAAUUGUUGAAAUUGGCAAUCUAAAAAGAGAUUCCCUUAAAAGAUUUUAAGUUAGCAGAACAUUACAAAUUGAAUUCAAAUAUUUUUAAAGCAAAUUUAUAAAUGAUUGUAAAUGUAGUAAUCGAUGACAUUUGGAGUGCCUAUAAUAAAUAAAUUGUACUUGAUGAAAAGAGCAUAGCAGAACCAAGAUAAUUAACUCAAAUUGAUGAAGAAUCAGCUAUUGAAUAAUGUUAAAGUUUGAGUGAAACUUCAUUUAUAAAAGAUAAAAAGGAUAUAGAAAUAUAAAAGUAAGUUUAAUCUGCUAGAUCUCCACUUGCUAAAUUAUUAGCUGGAGACAAAUCUCCAUAAUUUAUAUCAAUAGCUAGUUCUCCUAGACAUUCUCGUGAUAACAGUUAAAAUAUGCCUAUAAAAUAAUAAAAAUAGGUUAUUUAGAAUUCUAAAAAGAAAAAUUCAUCAUUAAUUAAGAAUAAAAGCAUGGAUCUUAAAAAUUUAGUAACAGAAGGAAUUCUUUAACCAAAAUCAACAAAUAGAUAGUAGUUAAGUUUAAGUAAUUUACAUCUAUUGAUGUAGAAAAUGUAAGGAUAAAAAGAGAAUUUAAAAUGAUUUUAUAAUUCAUUAAUACUAAAUAAAUAUUUUUACACAAAAUAAUAAUGGACCAAGAUUUGAAUGAGAAUUUAAUAAAGUUGAGCUAACUUUUGAGAUAAUAAAAUGUAAAAAAACCUACAUAUAAUCCAUCUAAAUAUUCAAAUUUACAUCUUAUGUUAGCAAGAUCAGUUAGUAUUAGCACUGAAUCAUCGUCUAGAAUGAUUUAAAUGAAAACUAAUUUCAAUACAUAAAAUACUAGCAAAGCUCAAUUGAAUAAAUAAUAAAAGUAAAUCCUUAUAAUAUUAUGAACUACAGAUAUUUUGUCAGUAGAAGAAUGUCAUUGGCAAAAUAAUUAAAAACUUGUGAUUCCUAUUUAUAAAAACGCAAAAUCGAGAGUCAAUUCAUUAAAACUGAUAAUCUUUGCGGAUUAAAAAAGGUAUUCGAAAUCGGAAAGACGAUUCUCUGA